CAUAAACCAUCGUAAAGUAGUCGUUGAACCUUGCACGAAUACUCAUCGCCUUAGACUAUCAAAAUGAUGUCAGAUGAUAAUUCUGGAGUUGGUGAUCUGCUGGAAGAUGAAAGUUUUGCCGAACCAUCCUCCCAGGUACUUGCAUUUCCAUCGGAACCAAUGCUCCGACAUUCAGCCACCACAGAUACACUAGACUCUGUAAUCCUGGAAACGUCUCCAGCCGAAGAGGACAUUCUAGAUGACAGUCAUACAGAGACAGACAAAAAUGAUGCUGACAAAGACCCAAAUAUACCCUUGCAGGUUGAGUUUAACCAAUCUGAUACAGAUUUGGCACAAAAUGGAGCAGAUUCUUCUUUAUUAGGCACUUCUCCAUCCAUGUACAUUUCUAAAACUGUAGAUGAAAUUCGAGAAAAUAGCAACAAAAAUACUGAGGAUGAAAAAUCUAGCAAAAGUCCUCUUCAUAUCAGCAGCUAUUUUAAAACAGAGACAUCACAAGUUGUUGAAAGUGAUCCAUUUGGACAGAGUUUCUUUGAUAACAUCAACAACGCUCCUCAGGAAGACAAAUCUAAAUCUGUUUCUCCUGAUGAUGUUUUUGGUGAUAUGGAUGACCUUGGUAAUGAAGAAACUUCACAAAGUGCAGCAUCGCCUGUGGCAGAUGUAUCCGAAUCUUCCAAUUCUCGACCAGAUCCUGUGGAAAGCCGACUCUCACAUGAGGAGCCGGAAAGUGUAGAUUUUCAGGUUGUCCCAGAAGAUAUGGGAACUAACAUUAUGGAAGCCUCACUACAGGUAAUCGAUGACAAAGAGGAUUUUGAAUCCUUCACAGCAGAGGGAACCGGUGAUGGUGACCAGGACAUUCUGAGUGGCCUAAGUAUGUCGCCAUCAAAUAAACUGAUGUCUGAUCGUAUGUCACAACUUCACAUCACAGAUACCAUCCCCAUAGAUACUGUUCCUGACAGUGGACCAGUUAGCUAUGAUCGCCAGCUAUCCAACAAGUACCCAGACCUAGGCCUGUCACCUGCCCAUCAACCUUUUCAGGGAACGCCAUUACCACCCAUGCAGUUGUCUGCCUUUCCCACUCCAGGACAUCAGUCAAUUCCUGAACCACCCAUUGACAGUCAUCUGGAGGUUCAGCUAGAUGACAAACCAAGUGAAGUAACGGCUAAUUCACCACCGAAUUCUGGAGGUUUGGCAUCAGCCUUUCAGACACUCGGCGAUGGCAAUGCUGCAGACCCAUUCUCAGCCAGUCUUCACAUGAGUGAUGCAGACAGACAACAUGAUGCUUGGCUACCAUCAGAUGCAACUCGACAUAUACUUGUGACUGUAACAACAUCACCAGGGAGCUUUGUACCAACAGAGGAUCAAAUCAGCACUCCAAGUAUUGUAGUGAACGAAUCACAGGGUGACCCUGUACGAGAUCUGGUGCAUCGCUACAUGGGAGAACAGGAGGCUAUUAAGAGACAAAUACUGACAGUCGACAGUGUCACCCAAGAUGUGGAUGGCCUCAAAAAACUCUUGGAAGGAGGCUGUUACAGGUCAGCAGUGGAACUGACAGGGAGACUUCUAACAGCUGCCGGCCAAGGAUCAGACAGUCAAGGGGAGACAACUACACCUACCCAACACACAUCUCAUACACUACAGCUGUGGUUUUGUCGCCUUUCACUGCUAAUGAAAUUGAAGCUAUACAACAUUGUUGAGUCGGAACUGCAGGGUUUCCAGAACCUUGACACACCAGACCUCUACUACGAGUACUAUCCACUGAUUCACCCAGGACGCAAAGGUUCCAUUGUAUCUUUUGGAAUGCGGUUAUUACAUGCAGAACUUCCUCACUACCUAGGACGAUCACAAGAAGCAUUAGAUCGACUCCACUACAUACUAGCAGUCACACAAAAGAUCAUCAAGAAUCUGGAUGAAGGUUUAAGUGAAGAUGGCAGUGCAGUAGAAAUCAAAGAAGAAAGUAGAAAAGCCUCCAGAGAAUUAUGGUGUUCACGUGAGAAGAAAGUCUUAUUCAUCAUUGGAAACACAUUUUUGGCUAUAAAGGAUUAUGAGGCGUCCAUGACAGUCUACGAAGCCCUACUGGUAAAGGACCCUCAAUCAAAGCCGUCUCUGUUGAGUGGUCUGGGAUUGAUAUAUCUCCAGAUGGGGAAUGUUUCCAAGGCAACAGACUGUUUCAAACAAGCAGAAGUGUUGACAGACAUAACUGACAAGAAACAGACAUGCAGAACCUACCUUAACAAGGGACUGGAGUCCAUGUGUACAAACAGCUUCUCUGAAGCCUAUCAAAAUUUUAAAACAGCUGUAGAACACGACCCAACGAAUGCCUCUGCUGUCAAUAACAUGGCGGUGUGUUCGCUGUACCUAGGAAAGCUACGUGAUGCCCUGAAAACACUCGAGGUUUUGGUACACGAGGACCCUAUAAGGAACCUCCAUGAGGGCAUUCUGUUCAACCUUUGUACCCUCUAUGAACUAGAAUCAUCUCGUGCCCUUCACAAGAAACAAGCGUUACUCGAUCUGGUUAGUCGGUACAAGGGAGAUGGCUUCCCUGUGGCUUGUCUUAAAAUGGCGUAAAUUAUUCUUUUUAUUACAGGGUUUUGAUUUUUUACAGAAUUGGAACAUUCUAGGUCAAUCGUAAAGACUGAAUAAUGACAUUAUAGUGAAUUUUAGAGUCUAUUCCCUGAAUAAGCCAAUGGACAUAGUAGGUAAAUUAUCAAGUAUGACUGUGAUUUUCUUCAAUGAUUAUGUUUUAAAACCAUUCCAUGAUGUGGACCAUGUGCUGAACUUUCCCAAAGUGCAAUAUUCUUGUCAAAAGUAUUUUGUGUUGUAUAACUAGUGUUUGUGGUUGUGUAUUAAAACAUCCAGACAUCC